AUGGCCGAAGGUCUUCCUGAAAUGCAGUACCGGAAUCUGGGCCGGACGGGUCUGAAGGUGUCCGUUAUCUCGCUCGGAAGCUGGCUCACCUACGGUGGCCAUGUGGGAAAUGAGACUUCCUUUGAUUGUUUAAAGGCCGCAUAUGACGCCGGCGUCAACUUCUUCGACACCGCCGAGGUGUACUCUGGUGGACAAUCCGAGAUUGUGCUCGGUGAAGCUAUUAAGAAGUUUGGGUGGCUGCAGAAUGACCUGGUGAUUUCCACCAAGAUCUACUGGGGCAAAGCCAACAGCGCCAACCCUGCCAAGCCUCUCAACAACAACGGCCUCUCACGAAAGCACAUCAUCGAGGGCAUGAACUUGUCUCUCAAGCGCCUGGACCUUCCUUAUGUUGAUAUUGUUUAUGCCCACCGUCCGGACCGUGACACCCCUAUGGAAGAGAUUGUGCGUGCUUUCAACUAUCUCAUUAACAAUGGCAAGGCCUUUUACUGGGGUACCUCUGAGUGGUCUGCCAGUGAAAUUUCCGAUGCCUGGCGCAUCGCCGACAAACUGGGUCUCAUUGGCCCAGUAGUCGAACAGCCCCAGUACAAUUUGCUUGUGCGCGAUCGUGUCGAGAAGGAGUACCGCUGGCUGUACGAGGCUCACGGCCUGGGCCUGACCAUUUUCUCGCCUCUCAAGGGCGGAGUUCUGACCGGAAAGUACAACGACACUACUACGCCACCUGCUGGAUCGCGCCUGGCCGAGUCCGAGGAUGGCUACAUUAAGGGUCUUCGCAAGACUGUUGGUGAUGAUACGUGGACGAAGCAGUUACAGCAGGUUGCUGCGUUGAAGCCGAUUGCGGAGGAGUUGGGUAUCUCGACUGCUCAGCUUUCUCUGGCUUGGAUCCUGAAGAACCCCAACAUCUCUUCUAUGAUCACUGGUGCCUCUCGUGUUGAGCAGGUGUAUGAGAACUUGCGUGCGCUCGCUGUGGCUGAUAAAUUGACGGAUGAGGUCAUUGAGAAGAUCGAAGCUGCGAUCGCUAACAAGCCUGCGGAAGAGAUCAGGAGAUUCUAA